UUUCACUCAAUGUUUGACUCAUUUUUGUUUACAAAUGAGUGGUUUGUCUGAAGACAUUGUGUGACAUCAUCUGCACUUCAAUUGUCUUGUAUUCGUGUGGAGUGUCCGUAAAGAAGUGCAAUCAAACUGUUGGUCAGUGGAGCCAAACCUAUGGUCAAGAGUGUGGUGAUGUCCGGCAUCAGUGAUCACAAGACUGUCAUCUCCGGAGGGAACAACGAGUACUGUAAGCUUAAUGUCGGCGGAAGUCUUCACUACACAACCAUCGGAACGCUUACCAAAAAUGAUUCAAUGCUGAGGGCUAUGUUCAGCGGAAGAAUGGAAGUGCUCACUGACUCUGAAGGUUGGGUUUUGAUCGACAGGUGCGGCAAACACUUCGCAACGAUUCUCAACUUCUUGAGAGACGGAUCCAUACCUAUACCCGAAUCCCAGAGAGAACUCCAAGAACUGUCUUCUGAAGCGAAAUACUAUUUGAUACAAGAGUUGAUUGAUUUGUGUGACCAACAGCUGUCGUUUUGGAGGGAACCGACCUCUACUGAACCCAUUUGUAGAGUUCCGUUAAUCACUUCAGCGAAAGAAGAGGCGGUUCUCAUCAACACAACGACUAAACCAAUCGUCAAACUAUUGAUUAAUCGACACAACAAUAAGUAUUCCUAUACCAGCACUUCAGAUGAUAAUCUCCUCAAGAACUUAGAGCUCUUCGACAAACUGUCGCUCAGAUUCAGUGGUCGCGUGCUAUUCAUCAAAGACGUGAUCGGAAGCAAUGAGAUCUGUUGCUGGAGUUUCUAUGACCUCCAUUCAGGACACGGCAAGAAAGUGGCCGAAGUCUGCUGUACUUCCAUAGUGUACGCCACCGACAAGAAACACACAAAGGUGGAGUUCCCCGAAGCGCGCAUAUAUGAGGAGACCCUCAAUAUAUUGCUGUAUGAGAACAGGACGGGUCCGGACAUGGAGCUGAUGCAGGCGACCAGCACUCGGGGCGCCGUUAGUAUGACAUCGCAUAACAGCGAUGACGAAGAGGAGCACAACCGCAACAGUAAAAGCAAUGGCAAAGAGGGCAAGGAUUCGAGUCACCACAUCGGACGCAUUCGCAGCACUAAACAAAACUAACACUUCUCUUAAUAACUGUUUUCUAAUUUUAUGGCAACCCAUGAGUUG